GAGUCGAGUACGGGCCAUCACAUAACCCUGCUGAAACGGUACUGUACGGGUUGAAGUGCAUGUCGGUUUCAACUGUAUUUUUUGUGAUAACGCACUUUUCAAUGCAAACAUAAAAUACAGAUAUGGUAAAACUGUGUCAUAGGUGACACCGGAAAGACUUCAGGAUUCAUGCUGGGCCUCAGAAUUGCCAGUAUGAGCGCGGAGAAAUCACUCCGUCGCUUGCGGCAUCUUGGCGGCGUGUUGGCCUCAUCGCCGUCCGGUGGGACUGCUAGAAUCUCGCCCCUUCUCUGCGCCAGCUACUCGUCAGAUGGCAGAGUUUCCAUUGGUGAUGUGAGUCGGACUUUGAAGACACCAGCUAACCCUGAACUGGUCCCCAUCAAACACUUGUCUGACAACCUGCCCCAGUCUGUGAUUCGGCAUCUGCGAUGGAUAAUGCAGAAGGAUGCACUUGGCCAAGACGUGUUUUUGAUUGGACCGCCUGGCCCGUUGCGUAGAGCUAUCGCAAUGCAGUAUUUGGAACUGACAAAACGUGAAGUGGAAUACCUAGCCCUCACGAGAGACACGACCGAGUCCGAUCUGAAACAGCGGCGAGAAAUCAAGGAUGGAACGGCCUUCUACAUUGAUCAGUGCGCUGUACGAGCAGCCACCCGUGGUCGCAUCCUGGUUAUUGAGGGUGUGGAGAAGGCCGAGAGGAAUGUCCUUCCAGUCUUGAACAACCUCCUGGAGAACAGGGAGAUGCAGCUGGAGGAUGGCCACUUCCUGGUGGCAGCAGACAGAUACGACAAACUGCUCAAGGACCAUUCUCAGGAGGAGUUGGACGCCUGGAAACUGAUCAGGGUCAGUGAGGAUUUCCGCGUCAUUGCCCUGGGACUCCCGGUCCCCCGUUACCGUGGCAACCCCUUGGAUCCUCCCCUUCGCUCUCGUUUUCAGGCUCGUGACAUCAACCCCCUGCCUUUCAAGGAUCACUUGGAACUUCUGAAUGCCCUGGGAUCUAGGCUUGCUUCAGAAAAAGUGUCUCAGAUUUUGUCCUUUGCCACGGCUCUCCGCCAUUCCGAGUUGGCCACUCUCAGUCUCCCAGACUUUCCGAUCGACAACCUAGCAAGCAUCGUCCAGAUCAUGAAUUCAGUGCCCAAUAUUUCAGCCCAGAAACUCCUCUAUCAGCUGUACCCUCACGCAGUCUUUCUACCCAAGGAGUCCAGAACUGUCGUCCUCGACGCUUUGAAGAGAUUUGAAUUGCUGGAAGACAAGCACGGGAAUUUGCCCAAUCAGAGAGCAGUCACAGUCCAACCGACCAGUCACAAUGAUGCGCCCAUGGCAGUGGCUACCAUAGGAAGCAAGGGUGAAAGCUUCCAAGUUGAGGUCCCGGCAGGUACCACAGAACCUAGGCCCCACCACGAGCACCAACGCUUUAUCAACACUCUGUCACACGAGGGCGUCCUUGCAGACUUGCUUCUCUCUCACUCCGUGCAAGACUUCUGCAUCAUUGGUCCCAAGGGCUGUGGAAAGAGUGUUCUGACCAGGAAGUUUGCUGACAUCAUGGGCUACAAGAUGGAGCCGGUCAUGCUUUACCAGGAUAUGACCUCACGUGACCUCUUGCAGCAGCGAGGGACGCUACCCAACGGGGACACAACCUGGCGUCUGGCGCCUCUCAUUACUGCAGCACUAGAGGGCAGUAUUGCCGUGCUGGACGGUCUGCACAGGGUCAAUCCUAGCACGCUGGCUGUGUUACACAGGUUGGUCCAUGACCGUGAGAUCAGCUUGUUUGACGGCACCAGACUACUGAGAAACGAUCGUUUCCAGGCGCUCAGAGACCAGUCGGGACUGACUGAUGCACAGAUGAAGGAAAAGUCCAUCUUCCCGAUCCAUCCAUCUUUCCGCAUCGUCGCCUUGGCUGAGCCCCCGGUCAUUGGCAGUAGCACACAGCAGUGGCUCAACCCGGAGCUGUUGACCCUCUUCCUGUACCACGACCUACGACCUCUGUCCUUAGCAGAAGAGAUGGACGUCAUACGGGGCAUGGUCCCUAACACCAACGUGGCUGUGCUGGAACCUUUGCUGAAGCUGACGCACUUGCUGAGGAACUCCGGAGACACAACACUCCAGUCAUUAUCCUCUUCUCUUUCGACUCGUAACUUGCUCCGGAUUGCUCGACGAAUGUCUAGUUACCCUGAUGAAGGCUUACAUGAGGCCAUCAACAAGGCUUGUUUAUCCAGAUUUCUACCAACGCUUGCUCGGCAAGCUUUAGACAAGGCUCUGAAGGAUAACGGCAUAGAACCCCAACUAACGACUGAAGAUGUGGACAUCGAGCGCGCUCUGUCCUGCGAGGUCAAGAACGGUAAACUACGAAUCGGUGACACGGAGAUGGCAGUCUUCAACCCCGACAACAUGAUGAUGGUACCCGACACCUUGUUUUAUGACAAUGUACAGCAUCUGAACGUCAUGGAAGCCAUGCUGAAAGACUUUAUCCUGGGAGAGCAUCUGUUGCUAGUCGGUAACCAAGGCGUUGGCAAGAACAAGAUUGUGGAUCGUUUCCUGCACCUGCUCAAUAAACCACGGCAGUACAUCCAACUGCAUAGAGAUACAACGGUACAGUCCUUGACCCUGCAGCCAAAUGUCCAAGACGGAAUCAUUAUUUACGAAGAUUCACCAUUGGUUCGAGCGGUGAAGGAGGGCCAAGUCUUGAUCAUUGAUGAAGCUGACAAGGCUCCCACCAAUGUGACUUGCAUCUUGAAGUCGCUGGUAGAGAGUGGGGAGAUGGUGCUUGCUGACGGACGGAAGAUUGUCGCUGCAGAGGGAGCCCUAGCAUCCUCUUCUGACAACACCAUCGUCACCCAUCCUGACUUCAGGAUGAUUGUGCUGGCCAACCGGCCCGGCUUUCCCUUCCUGGGAAAUGACUUUUUUGGAGCUCUAGGUGAUAUAUUCAGCUGCCAUGCUGUGGACAACCCAAGCGUGGAGUCGGAGAUGACCAUGCUGCGACGCUAUGGGCCGGACGUCCCCGAGCCCAUGCUGCGCAAGCUAGUGUCAGCCUUCAGUGAGCUGCGUGAGAUGGCCGACCAGGGGCUCAUCACAUAUCCCUACUCCACCAGGGAGGUGGUCAACAUGGUCAAGCAUCUCCAGAAAUUUCCCCAGGAAGGCCUAGCCAGCGUAGUCAAUAACGUCUUUGACUUUGAUGCCUACAACAAGGAGAUGAGGGAGCAGGUGAUCCAGGCCCUGCACAAGCAUGGAAUCCCUGUGGGAGCUGACCCAAGCAACGUACAGCUGGCUAAAGAGUUUCCACUGCCCGCUGCCCAACUGGCAAGUCAGUGGCACUUUGGAAGUCAGGGGUCGAGUCGUCGCAAGAUGCUGUGUCCUAUUGAAGAAAGGAAAUUGAGGGUCAAGGGUCCAGUGCAUCUUGGUGUUCGUGAGUUCCCCUUGGAGAGACUAGAGGCCAGGUCACUGAGCUUCUCAGAGCUGGUUGCAUCAUGGCAAAUACCACUGGGUGAAACGAACAGGGUGUGUGAUGUGAUUGCCUCUAAAUACUCCACUGCUGGCACAGUUCACGUCCUGACCUCUAACCCCAUCUGCCUGUACUCCAUGAAGCCUCAUGGCAAGACCAUCCGCUACCUGGACUUGUAUGACAUCUUCCCUGGACUUGGCCCAAAGCCCAUCGCUAUCACAGGUCUUGGGGAACAGUUGGGCGGACACGUUGUGCUUCACGAACAGCUUAAUAACAACAUUCUUCUCAUCGACACAAGCAAUGGAGUCACCUCGCGCCUCUUCCUGACUUCGCCCCUGGAAACAGCCAAGGAUGUCAUCGGGCGUCGUCUUGGCAGCAGCAGUGAGGGAAAAAGUCACAGGAUGUGCAGCGACCAGGCUGACAAGAACGUGGUGGUGUUCUACCAAGGAGAAGGUGACCGCUUAGACGUUGUGGAUUUACUGAAUGGCAAAGCCCACAGCUUGCAGCUGCCGUUUCAUUUGGAAACCAUGUUCAUGCCAUCGGCCGACAACUGGCUGCUCACAGAGGCAAAGACCCAAAGAAAAUAUCUCCUCAGCAGACCGGACCCAGGCUCCCCAGUCAACCAGCUCAGUACCAUAUUUGAGACCCAGCCAUCAAGUGCAGUUUCUGAUGCAGAUGUAUUCAGCUCGAGUGACCCCACAUUGGUGAUUUCCAGUGAAGGGUUGACCUCUAGUGACCUCUCGGCUGCCGUGGGUCAAACCAUUGACUCGCCAAACAGGAUUUUGGCUGACAAGAGCAACUAUGGAGCCGUGGCAGUCGGAUUUCCAGAAUUAAUGUCAACCAUUGAUAUAUACACCAUACCACGAGGCCCAACACCAGUUGAGAAGGAGUCCUUCCACACUAAAGGCGACACCUUCCUGGCUGCCAUGAAAGUUGGCAGGUCAAAGGUCGAGGCCGAAGCCCCAGGUCCAGCUGGUCUCCUACCAGAAGUCAGCCAAGUGGCAAGGAUUGUUCCACCACAGGAGACUCCAGCGGAGGUUUUUCCUGAGGGUAAGGCCCCUGCCAAUGUUGCAGCAUACAUUGAAGUGGCCGAUCUAGCCCAGCAUAAAGUCAAGUAUAUUCCAGUCCCAAGCCCCACUUUCUCUGUUCAGGGCUAUAUGCCCUGGGCCUCGACUUCCUCCCAGAAGGUCAUCAUGGCACCCAGUGGAGGCAGCCAUGUUGUUACCGUGGACACCAGUGGGACAGUGAGGGUGUGGGAGACCGGUUCGUACCAGUUGGGCAAGUCACUGGAUGAGUGGUACCAGCUUAUCGGGAGGGAAGAUGGCCACCAUUUGCAAAUAACUACUGAAAAGGAAACAACCCAAGAUUUGCAGAACAUUACACCCAAACAUGGCAAAAUUGACCCCAGAAAUCAGCCGCAUGUCGGUGGAGGCACUUGGGCAGGUGGUGUUGGUGGAGUUGGCACGGCUGGUUUGGGUGGGGCUGGUGGGCCAUACAGGCUGGAUGCAGGCCAUGACGUGACCCAGGUACCGCAGGUACAGAAAGACAUGGUACCACCUGAGGUUCUCGUUGCUGCUCGGGAAAUGGCUCAGAAGGCCUUCAGGGAUCGCCUCAAGGAGAUCCAGAUGUCAGAGUUUGAUGCCGAAAUGUACGAGCGUUUCUCAGCUGGUGUCAGACGUCAGGUCACUUCACUGCGUGUCAUCCUGGACAGCUUACAAGCCAAGGGUAAGGAGAGACAGUGGAUGAAACAUCAGACGGCCGGGGACCUUGACGAGGCUAAAUUGAUUGAAGGCUUGACUGGUGAGAGGGCCAUCUACAAGAGACGUGGGGAACAAGAUCCAGAGCUGGGCAGCCCUCAAGUGAAACCGAAAAGGCUGCGACUGAUUGUGGACGUCAGCGGCAGCAUGUAUCGAUUCAAUGGCUAUGACGGACGCCUGGAGAGAGUCAUGGAGAGUGCCCUCAUGCUCAUGGAGGCCUUUGAAGGCUACGAACAGAAAUUUGCCUAUGAAAUCUAUGGGCAUUCAGGGGACGACUAUGAAAUUCCAUUUGUUUUGAGCAAGAAGAUUCCAUCAAACAACAAGGAACGAUUGGAUGUUAUCAAGACCAUGAAUGCACAUGCCCAGUUCUGCAUGAGCGGAGACAACACUUUGGAAGCGACCAAGCAUGCCAUCGAAGCCAUCACCAAGGAAGAGGGCGACGAGUAUUUUGUGAUUGUUCUCAGUGAUGCCAACCUGGAUCGUUACGGCAUCAGCCCCGCUCUCUUUGGGCGUACGCUGACUGCGGACGACCAAGUCAAUGCUUACGCUUUAUUCAUCGGCUCCCUUGGCAACCAGGCCGACAUACUUGUUCGCAGUCUUCCAGCAGGCAGGGGCUUUGUGUGUCUGGAUACCAAGGAUAUACCACAGAUUCUCCAGCAGAUCUUCACAUCAACCAUGCUGUCUACCAGGUAGUAAUGGACAGACUAGUGUGAAGUUUAACAUCUGCUUCCAGUGUCCUCAUAGUCUAUCAAUGCAACGUUUAAUGUUCUCUCCACCUACAUGUGCAUGUUUGCAUGAGGAUCUUUGAAUUCUGGCGCCUGAAAUCAAUUCGUGUGGAGACAUUUGACGCAAAAUAAUGAUUCAGGAAGUUAUCAAAAUGGUUAAUUUUUUAUCUCUGUUCUUGGACGCAGAAUUCAUAAUUGCACGGUGUUUCGAUCAAGCUUUUCACUUUUUUUCACAGUUUCAGUUUUAAUAAUGUUCUUCUGGAGGCAAAAUUUUACAAAGCUGCUAAGUUGUAUUUUUAAAUCCUCUGCCAUAUAUUCAUAUUUUUCUCUACUAGUGGCUAUUUAUAAGUCUAUACAUAAGUAAUUAUUAAUAUACAGAAUGACGGUCAACAAUGGAAUUUUUCAUAAGCAGAAUGGAAUAGAUGUGUCAUACAUUUCUCCGUGUGGAAAUAUAUUUCUUUGAUUUUCACAAAUUUUCUCAAAAAUAAAUGCAGUUUCAAUCUCCUGUGGAGGCAAUGAAAUCAAGUCUAAAAAUAUCAAAUAAGUUUUCAAAAAAGUUAAAAAGGUUUCCAAAUAGUUACAAGAAUGGCUUUAGAAUAAAAUUCAUGAUUGGAGGACAUUCUUUCUGA